AUGGCUAAGGCCCAAAAGCAGGCCCGGGGGGCCCCCGGGGGGCCCCCCGGGGGCCCCCCGGGGGCCCCCUCGGGGGGCCCCUCUUCCCGGGGGGCCCCCCUGGCUGGCAAGCAGAAGGGGGGCCGCCAACUCGUGAGGAGAAACAAAGAGGAAAAGAAAAGUAAAAAAAAUAAAACCAAAUUGCUUAAAGGGGACUUCAGUGUACCCACUCUUGAGGAGUUCGAGGGGCCCCCCCAGGGGCCCCCAGGGGGGCCCCCAGGGGGGCCCCCAGGGGGGCCCCCAGGGGGGCCCCCAGGGGGGCCCCCAGAGGGGGCCCCAGGGGAGCUUCCAGAGGGGGCCCCGGGGGGGCCCGCAGGGGGGCCCCCAGAGGGGCCCCCAGAGGGGGCCCCAGGGGGCCCCCACGAACUAGAGGGAGAGGGGAAGCAGAAGGACUUGAAGGGUCACGAGGAAGCCUUUUGGAAGGGUAAGUUGCAGCAGCAGCAGCAGCAGCAGCAGCAGCAGCAGCAGCAGAAAAGGCUUUAA